CUCGAGCGACUCUACUCAGGAAAAACCACGACGCGGUUAUAAUUUUUUUGCAACUAGCACUUGGAGAUCUUUCCUUCCAACCAAUGCAACUCGCGAGAGCAACACGAGAAGAUGGCUCGGUAGGGGGUGAUUCAGCCGACUUCUUAAGAGAUUGUAUGCAUUCGCGGUUAUGGAUAUUGCAGCAGUUACAGAUCGAUACGACGCCUGAUGGUCCCUAAGCGAGGAUCAAGCGUACGUUGGAGCGAAGAGAUAGUAUUUGUCGCGAUACAGGCACAUCAUGGCACUGUAGUGAUGGAGGACAUCCUUUGCCGCGCACAGCACAAAAUCGCACUGGCCGGCUCCAAUAUUCAGCGUGGACCUGAGGACUGUUAUCACAUAUCCUAUCAAGCCACAGAGGAAUCGAAAACACGGUUGCUGAGAACCUUGCUUUUGACCUCCAAGCUCCAUCCUCGGCAUCAAUACCAUCACUACAAUGGACAAAGGGAAUAGCAACAAGCGGCCAGGCUCGUCUGAAGCCUCGGGGAAGGAUAAGAAACGAGCUAGGAUGCAGCAAGCGCGUUCUAUCUCGACCCAAGGUUCGCCCUCACCAUCCCAUCAGAGUCCAGUGGCGUCUACAGGCGGCGCAGGCUCGUUGAAGGCCGUAAGGACGUUGGAUGUCGUCAGCUUCGCAGAGGCACGCGCUUUCGAAAUUAAUGCGAUGCACACAGCUAUGGAAAGAUCAAAGGAUUCGGCAGUGCAGAGGGCCUUCCAGAGUUUGCCCCGCAACCUAAGGCGUCGUGCUGCGAGUCAUAAUAUUAAGCGGCUGCCAGUUCGUCUUCGCCAACGAGCAAUGAGAGAGGUUGAGUCCGAUCCAGUAAAGAAAGGAAAGAAACCGGAUAAUCGACACAAGAAGAGGCGGCCAGGAACUAUCGCACAGGAGUAUCUCAGGAGACAGGGGACGAAGCGAUGGCUAGAAACACAUAUCUGGCACGCCAAGAGAAUGAAGAUGGUCGAGAUCUGGGGAUACAAGCUGGCAGAACAUUCGAAUGAGCAUGGAAUCAAGUCGGCGUACAAAUCGAGCCACUAUCAAUGUAUCCUCCAGGAUUCGUCAUAUAACGGAUGCUUGGAAAUUAAAGGAAACAAGAGGCACAUUGUAGAAGUCUUUGACCAUCUACUGGAUCCGUCAGCACCAACUGUGGGAAGUGCAAGAUACAUCACAGGAACAAGGCAGUUCACGUUACAACUUUAUGGCCUCGAUAGUUUCCCACACAGAAUGAUUGCGCCCGCUAUGUUUCUCUGGAGGCAUGAUAAUGCUAAUAGCAGCGGAAUGGAUAUUGACGAGCUAUCCAAAGAAGGCCAACUUUGGAUGUGGGUGCACCCCUCAGCUUUUGAGCAUGCAAAGACGGUUGUCCAGGAGGCGAUCGCGAAAGCAGGCAGGGUAAACAGCGUUAAUGCUGUUGAUCUGGAGAAUUCACUGGUGAUGUUUGAUUUCACAGGACCUCGCUCGACUGCUCUGCUGCAAGCUGUCCUCAAGCCCUCCAAAUCAGACGCUGCGGCACAGUACGGGGAGGCACACAAGGCAUGGGAGACCCUUUCCAGUUUGAGAACUUCCUCCUCACUCCCUCCAGGUAUUGUCCUUGGUCUUCUGGUGGACGACCCUCGACUAACGUUUCCACACAAGGCUGAGCCUAGACCGGCCUCUAUACCCGUAGCCCUGGGCAAAAGCCUACAGGAUAUCACCACAAAUUGGCCCACCAACGUUGCCAGGUCAUCAAUUUGGGAUUCUCAGGAACGCGAGCAUCUUCUGAGCUCCAUGACCCCAGAAGCCAAGCUGAAUGAGCGUCGUGCACAAAAUCUGGUACCUGGAACAAAGCUCUCUCCAACAGAAGCCGACUCUUGUAUCCCAGUGCUGUUGCUUCAACGAGAAGGGAAACCACAGAUCCGACGCGCACCUGGUGGCAGCAGCAGCGAAUACGAGUGUGGGUGGAGCUUGAUUCUACCCAAGGGCUGGGCAAUGCCGUUCUGGAAGAGCAUGAUCUUUGCGGGCGCGCGGCCUGGAGGGCUAAGAGAGCGACGGAGCUUUCAUUUUGAGACGCGUCAGUCAUGUUUCCCUUACGACUUUCCUAGCACUGCGGCGUAUCUCGCGUAUGCAGACGAGUACAAGAAGGAGGCACAGGCCAAGUACGACCGCAAGCCUAUCCCCAAGAGGAUCAACUAUGCAAAGCUGGGGGUGCAUGAUCCUUUUGAGGCAGCAUGGAUCAAAGCGCUGCAAGCAGGAAUCAAGACGCUAGGCGGGGACGAGAGCACGUUGGCGGCUUUGGAUGAACAUAGGGUAUGGCUACUGCAAACGCCAAAACUGAUCGCAGCCAUAACGGACGCCGCACGCGCAGCCGGUAGUGGGACCCCGGAGGAAAUGGCCUCAGAGUUGACUGUGGAGUCACUGAAUGGUAUCUUGAACGAGUGCUUGCAGAGACUACUUAGACCAACCGUAACAUCGCUCACAGAUCGGCCUUCGCUUCGUGUAGACGAGGCGCUUAUCCGAGUUGGCAUCGAUUUCUUGAAUCGGGGGACUAUUGGGAUGAACGGCAUGGUAUAUGCUAUCCCAGAGAAGCACUAUAAGCAAUGGGCUGCACGCGUCCAGCUGAAGGGCAAGAGGACACUGGAGGGGCACCCUCGCAAAGAGAAGAAGGUCAAAUCUUGGGUAGACUCUGACAGCGACGACGAGGAGGACAAGGAAGAGGACGAUACCGACCUUGACGAUCUUGAGAUGGCACUACCUCCGUCAGAGACACUUCUUGGAUAUGUGACUACAGGACAGUACUGCUACAGCGAGGGAAAGAGUUAUGGUAUCGGAUGUUGUUCUGCAACCGGACUAGCACAUGUCAUUGCGGCGGAGACUAGACAGCGGCUGGAGCUUCAAAAGAGCGCAGUAGGGACGCCUCUAAAGGUCCCCAGGAUGCUUGUACUCGUGCGAAGCGUUCGGAGCAAGGCGUCCCGGCUUGCGAAGCUGACGGUCCUGUCAUAGCAUUCAGUUUCAUGGCAUAUCAUCGCAACAUAAAACAUAAUUCCAUCCGCAUAUCAU